GAUAAAAUAGUGGUCUCUAGUUGUCAAGUUACUCUGUGGAUUAAAGCGAUGAAGAAUCUUCAGUUCACGAAGCACAUGAAGUUCUCCAUUAUCUAUGUUUUGUGUUAUGAGUGUGUGUAUUUGUUAGGCCUGUGCAAAAAGAAAAUGUAUUUUAAAUUGUUUGCAGUGAUUUAGAGCUAGUGAAAAAUAUUGUGAAAGACCAUACUGUGAUCAAUUUUUUUUAAUGUUUGUUAUGCUAUACGGACAUGCAAAGAAUAUUUUUCCAUAGCCACCAUUAAUUCUCUGCAGAGUGUCGUCAUUAUCAAUUACUACCAUGGGCCGUAAAUGUAAUGUGAAUUUGUGCGAGUCGUCUAGCAAUAGAAUCGAAGAUCAAGGCGUGACAUAUCACAAGUUGCCUGUAAAUGAACAUUUCAAACUAAUAUGGCUAGCCCAAUGUCACAUGCCAUUAGACGCAAGAAAUCGCACGGUGUAUGUGUGCUCCCGCCAUUUUCGUCGGGUCGACUUUCAGGCAUUCAAAGGCACGAAAUAUAUGUUAAAAACAGGUGCCAUACCUUCAAUGUUUGCCUGGGGGCGCACUUCAGACGAAGAGCUGGAAAAAAUGUGUUUAGAGUCUUCAGGUAUGAAAAAUCACAAUGACAAUGCGACCAAAGGCGAUGACAAAACAAUUGAGCGUGCUAGCCUCACAAAAAAUAAAGUAAAAAAUGAUAAGAGCAGUGUUUCCCAGAAGGAGAGUGAUCAAACUGUUUCUAAUAAUAAUAUAACUGAUACAGUGUCAUCAAGAGAAAAGCCAAAGCGUUUAUCUGCACAAAAUUUGUUAAAAAGAGGAUGGAGUAAAAAGCUGGAAUCCAGUGAGAUCCAAAAAAAUACAAAUAAACCCGUGAAUAAAACGAAUGAACUUAAGAAAAAGGAUUCACCAGUAAAAGAAAAAACAGAGACAAAUGGAACGAUACAUGAUACUAAAGAAAUUCAGUAUGACUUGAAGUCUAUGAAUUUGGUGCCUGGUUCACGGGUUGAAGCUAAAAAUUUCAAUGACGAAUGGACCACAGCACGUGUAGUUGAAGUUGAUAAUGAUGAAAAUGAAAUAUUGAUACAAUUUGAAUCAAGCAAAUCUGAUGAAUGGAUUCCAAUGAACAGUUCACGUUUGAGACCAAUACAACUUGCAAAAGAUAAUUCAUUAAAUUCAAGUUCAAGAAUGUAUAAAGAAGGAGAGCGUUGCAUGGCAAAAUGGACAGAUUCUAGGAAAUUUCCAGCCACAGUUCGAAGAGUCUUGGAAAAUGAUAGUUAUGAAGUUUUAUUUGAUGAUGGUUAUAUAAAAACACUUCCUGGUUCGUAUUUGAGUCGUGUGAAUAAGGUUAAGGGCAAGGUGUUAGAUUCGGGUGGGACUUCAGUGCACAAAAAACCAGUAAAUAAAUCCACAAAUCACAAAUCCCCUGAAGAGUGGUGUUGUCGGUGGGAGGGAGAUCAACCUGUUGGAACUCCUGGUCAUAUUGAUUCUGCAGAUGGGGCCAAAAAACCUAGCACAAUAGUUCAUGAUCCAAGGUUACCUGAAGGCUGGGUUAAACAUAUUGUGAAGAGAAAUACUACUGGAUACUCAGGAAAAUGGGAUGUAGUAAUAGUCAAUUCAGCAACUAAUAGAAAAUUUCGUUCAAAGAAGGAAAUUGACUCAUUUCUUGCUGACAGUGGGAAACCGUACACUUCAGAUAGUUUUGAUUUUGGCUUGCAUAGAAAACGUUCUAAAGAAAUUGGAUGGGAUACAACACCAAUAAAAAAAAAGAAAAUAUCACAUCCUAAUAGUAGCAAUAAUUCUAAUGCUGACGGAAAAAUAUUGAACAACAAAUGCUUGACCCCAAAAGCUGAAGUAAACAUGUCUCAAGAAGAAUGCAAAACUCCUGUAAUGCAACCCAAUGAACCUUUAGAAGAUGGGUUUGUGUUUGUGGGUUCGCUGAAAGUCCAGAUAAUUGAUAACUUAUUCCGUUGCCCUGAACCAACCUGCGGUAAAAACUUUCGGAAGGAAAAUUUACUUCAAAUGCACAUAAAACAUUAUCAUCCGAAUUUGCAACAGUAUUUCGGUUCAACUCCAAAUGUAGCCGAUUUGGCAUAUGCCAGAACCAUACGAGAGACUCCUGAAAAUGAACCAGUUGCUAAAAAUCGGUACUCAAAUACACAAUUUUAUGAAAAAGUUUCUAAGAUUGACAAUAUAUAUAAAAGAGGAAAAGCUUCUCCAAUUGAAAAUGAGUUUCCCAUAAAGGAUAUAAAAUUAGAAAAGGAUGAUGAUGACUACAAGGAUAUAACACAUGAUACUAAAAUUAAUACUGACUUAGUGAAAAAAGAACAAGUAGAUGAAGAUCAGACAAAUAACUCAGUUAUCAAGAAUGAAACCAGUAUGUCCUGUAGUGAAAGUCCUUUAUUAGAAGAAGCUCUCAGAGUUGACAAUAAAAACAAAAUCAAACAUCAUGUCACUUUUGAAAAUGAAUCACCACUAAGUCGAAGAUACAAGGAGCCUCCUGAAGUGCAGAAAAUUCCUGGUGGAGGUAUUAAACGUUUACUUCCUAAAAAACGCGAAGAAACUACUACAAAUGAAGUACUUCAAGAAAAAUCAGAUCCGGAGAGUGAUCAAAUUAAUAGUGAUUUUACAAGAAUUGAUAAAAAGUUAGGGUUAAAUCAGAAAAGGCAAAGGGUUGAAACUUCAGCUGGCCUAAUACAAAAACUUUUGAAACGUAGCCAAAAUAAACAACUUAUGAAAAAGAGUGGGCGUCCAAUGAUAAAAGAAGAACAUGAUACAAUAGACCCAGUGCAUGUUAAAAAUGAAGAGGAGCAGCGCAGAUCUAGCAUGCCAACAGAUAUUUCAAAAGCACCUAUUGAAAAUACACUCAAUAAUACGUCUGACAGCACUAAAGCUGUAGAAGCGGCUGAUCCUGCACUCGAAGUUCCAAAAGUUUAUAUCAAUGAGGAUGGCGAAGAAAUUAAGUUGGUGCGAAUGCGAAGAGAGGAAAUUAUUAAUUGUAUCUGUGGACACCGAGAAGAAGAUGGACUUAUGGUUCAGUGUGAACUCUGUCUUUGUUGGCAACAUGCAUUAUGUCAUGGUAUUCAAAGGGAACGAGAUGUUCCGGACAAAUAUGUUUGUGCAAUUUGUACUAAUCCCCAAAAGCCAAGACAGUCUAGAAAAUAUAUUCAUGAUCAAGAAUGGUUAUUAGAAGGUCGUUUACCUCACUUUAUAACAGAAGACCUGAACUUAAAAACAUCUGCACAGAAACAAAACAUAACAAAUCUACAAGAAUUUACUAAGUGUGUUCAUGAAACCACUGGCAAUGCCUUAGAACUUAUGCCAGUAUUAAAAUCACUAAGAGCUAAAUUAUCUAUGGCCAUGCAAACACAUCAUCCGAAAUUUUAUUAUUGGGCUAAACCUUGGGGAAAGUAUAGUGACAUGAAUAAUGAUACUAUGGAUGCAAAUCAAGAUCAAAGUCCAACAAAUAAUUCUCGAUUCAAAGAUGAUAAUGAAAUAUCACCUACACUGCAAGCUCUUCAAAGAGAUUUAUGUAAUGCCGUUAAUGAGAGUGAACUUCUUGGCGCUAGGAUAGAGAAUGAAAUGAAUUUAUUAAAAUCAAAGAAUAUGAAUAAACCAGGUACUAAUGAUGUAGAUAUGUUAUCUAGCCAUACGAGAUUAAAUCCAGCUAAUAACACCAUACUAACACCUACAGGUAACAAUACUCUAAUGAACACUGAAACCCCAAGUCGUGGUUUAAAUUUGGACUCAGAAUCUAAGGAUGAUUUUGCAGCAUUAGCUAAAAGCGAUGUUUUGGACUUAUCAGCUAUUUUAGAAUCCAACCAUGUAAUACCUACUGAUUCAGAAUUAGUUUCCAUUCUGGAAGGAGAUAUGAAAACUGAAAAUGAUCUCAAUAGCCCUAUGAGAGGCAAUAAACAAGAUGAAGAUUGUAAAAUUAAUAUGGAUCUAUUAAGUUUUAUGUCAAGUGAUGACACAAAGUUAAUGGAUUCAGGAAAAUCAGCAGCAAGUAUUAAAUCAACCAGUUCAGGAGAUCUUACUGAUAGUCAGAAUCUUUUAGCACCUUUAUUAGCUUCACCAGGUGGAACAAAAUUUGAUCUAGUCAGUGAUCGCGAGCUGGAGAAUUUUGCUCAAACUGUAGGCCAGGAAGUAUUGAUAACAAACACUGCUCCUGUACCAGAAGAAGCAAUAGACAAUGAACAAUGUCGGUGGAAUCUGCUUAGACAUAUUUCAGAUUAUCAAGCAGAAUUAGAAAAACGAAUAGAUCAGUUUAAUAUCAAAUUAUCAGUUCUAUUAGCAAGUCCAGAAGCUCCUCCACCAGAUGCAUUAAAACUCGAUCAAGAUUGCACAAGACUCAUGAAAAUGAUGCAGAGGGAUUUAAGGACUCUAGGUGAUACAUGUUCUGUAAUAUCAACAGAAAGUAGAGAGUCUGAAAACAACAAGGUAUCACAAAGCCAAGAGCAAAAUUUUUUAAAUUGUUCUGUGGCUCCAACAGAUGUGAAAAGACUGUGGUAACCAAAUUAGAGUAUUCUAUAUUAUAAAGAGAUUGUUUAUUGUAUUAAUAAAAUGAUUCUAAG